AUGCUGAUGUCGGAAGGUGUCCACAAGAAAGGCAGGAAAUGUGUGAUGCUGGCAGCUCUGGGAGGCUGCAACCUGGAUUCCUCUGGAGGGUUCCAGAAGCCCAUACACGGCCAUGCACUGCUUCUGCUCCUCCUCCUGGCUGGUGGGGCUGACACCUUUCACAUCUGUGCUUUUAACACCCAGCGGCUGACACUCAGCAAGGUGGCCAGGGAGCCUGUGCUGGACACCUUAGUUCAGAUCCUGGCUCGGUGUGACAUCACAGUGCUGCAGGAGGUGGUGGACUCUACUGGCAGUGCCAUCCUACUCCUGCUUCGAGAACUCAAUCGAUUUGAUGACUCUGGGCCCUACAGCUUCCUGAGCAGCCACCUGCUGGGGCGUGGCACGUACAAGGAGAGAUAUGUGUAUAUCUACCGGUCACACAAGGCGCAGGUCCUGGAUUCCUACGUGUACGACGAUCAGAAUGACCUCUUUGCCCGGGAGCCCUUUGUGUGCCGGUUCUCUUUGCCCAGCAAGGUCCUUCCCAGCCUGGUGCUGGUCCCACUGCACACCACGCCGAAGGCCGUAGAGACGGAGCUCAACGCCCUGUACCACGUGUUUCUGGACGCCUCCCAGCGCUGGCAGAGCGAGGACGUGAUCCUGCUUGGGGACUUCAACGCUGACUGUGCUUCACUGACCAAAAAGCGCCUGGAUGACCUAGUCCUUCGGACUCAGGCUGGCUUCCACUGGGCCAUCCCUGAUGGCGUGGACACCACGGUGCGGGCCAGCACCCACUGCACCUACGACCGCAUAGUGCUACACGGGCAGCAUCUCCAGAGCAUGCUGCGCGGCGCAGCCGCCUUCGACUUCCCCCGGAGCUUUGGGCUCACCGAGGAGGAGGCCCUCAACAUCAGCGAUCACUACCCCGUGGAGGUGGAGCUGAGCUGUGCGGUGCAGGGGGCCCAGACCCUCAGCCUGGCCACUCUGUUACUGUCGCUGCUGCUGCUCCUGUCCCCCCAGCUGGGCCUGGUGGCCUGAAGCCACCGCAUGCCAGCUGCCCACAGUUGCGAGGACUAUGCCGUUUUCUGGACUCAACCCCCCCUUCUAUCCUGCCCUGCCACUCCUCUAUGUGCCUUUGCUUUGGCUUGUGUUCUUUGGUUGGGCCUGUGCUUGGCAUGAGAAUGUGGAAGAGGAAGGCAGGAGCCCUGAGGCUGGAGCCACGCCACUCUAAGCCCAGGUAGUGUCAGGAAUGAGGACAAAAGGCAGGCUCCAGGGCUGGGGUGGGGGAACAAAAAUCCCCCAUGCUGCAAUGAAGAUCCCACGUGUCACAACUAAGACCCCGAUGCAGCCAACUAAAUAAAUAUUUAUUGUAUGACAAGACCAUACACGCUGAGAACAGAAAGCUAGAUUGCAGGGAUAUUACAUGUGUGUAGCAGACAUGGCAAAGGGUCACCUUUAUCAUACGUGGGACUCACAUGAAGCAAGACCCAACUAGAUACAGGGACGGAGCUUAAGAGUUCACACACACACACACACACACACACACACACAUGCGCGCGCGCACACGGUAAGUAGUCAACAGGAAAUGUUUAAGUUCAUUGUAACCCAGCUAGCUGCCCUGACACCUCUGAGGCUGGUUAAAAGCAUCUACAUAAACCACUUAUACUAUCUACAAAAAAGUUACCAUGUAUGUGAUCCCCCAGGGGAAAGGGAUACAGGAUACUACAGCGGAAGUAACAAUGACCCCACUUAGUGUUAUCAGAGAACCCCUCCUUCCCCAGCUCCAUUUCCCAGAAAACAGAGCUCAUUAAAGACGGCUAGCAGGACAUCAGAGCCGUUUAAGUGCAAGUUAUGUUUUUAUGAUAUAGAAGCAUCAACUUUAGGUUAAAAGGUAGUUUUAAACUUUAGAGAUGGCAGUUGCUAAGGAUUACAAGAUGCCAGAGGCCUCUCAGGGGCCGACUGCUGCACGCAGUCACAGCCAGACUGCAGCAAGCCUCUCCGGCUACUAUGCUGGGCUCUGGAACCAAAUCCCUUUAGGGUCCUCUUCUCCUGGGCUCACAGCCCCAGGCCACCCCACCUAGCAGAGCUCUGGGACUCAGCUGCUCUUACAGCAGGGUGGCCCUGGCAGUUGGUGUCAGAUAGCACACCAGGAUCCCCUGGGCCAGAGGGCACUGCACGCUAUUUGCCCAAAGGUCUCUUGUCGCCAAGCCCUACCUCAGCCAUAGGAGCUUGAUAUCAGGAGUAAAGGGCCCUGGGAGUGAGGCCCUAUAAGGGGUAGUGGGUUAGGCUUAGGAUGGGGUGGGGUGACGAGAUUUCUCAACUCUGUAGAUGGGGAAAUGUGGUUAGGCCCAGAACAAAUGUUUACUCCAGGGGUAACUGGUGAAAAUACAGCCAGAACCAUGUCUGGUCUGCUUCCUUCCUCCCCAUGUCCAACAAUGUUCCUGUCCUGGUCUGGGACCCUUGGGGAAGAGCUUCCACAGCUGCCUGAGACCCCUUUCCAUCACUCAGGGUGGGUGCUUUACUAAGGAAGUGCUCCAUGCACAUGCAGGGGGACUUGUGAACCCACUGCCUGGGAUCUAAGGCAGGUCUAAGUGCUGGUCCCGGUGCUGGCCCUGCUAAGUGCCAACUGGCCAGCUUAGUGGUCAGCCUUUUUCUGAAGAGAAGAGACAGCAACCCUAGGACUCCCAAAGGCUCCCCACCCCCCAUGAAUCCAGAUGCAAAGACAGGAGAAGAAAGUAGAGUUUAUUAGUGGCCAUAGGUGGGGAGGGGGCAGCGCCAAGGCUCUCACGAGUGCAGGG